AUGGGCAAGUCUGGGGUGCUCAAGAAGCCGUCUGCCUCCGCUCUAGUCAAGAAGCCGUCUCUGAAGCAAGACCCCAACGACGAUCUGGCACCUGCCGUGCCUGAGCCGCUGCAGCGACUGAAAGCUCUGUCUGAAGCCUCUGAGGAGACUGUGCCUCCGUCCGAGGAGGCAUCUCUGUAUGCACCGGAUUGUUUCCUGCAUCUCUGGGAUACUCUGAGUUCUGAACAGAAGGAGUAUCUUCGCAAAGCCUCUGAGGUUUUGAAGGCUCUGAAACCUCGCAUUGCACACGUUCUGGAAGUGUUGUUGCUCUGCAAGCACCGGUUGCAGCCGAGCUUCUUGUUCUCUCUGAUUCCCGAUUGGAUCGAGCUCUGUGUCAGUUCUGUAGCUCCUCUGAACACUGACAUGGUGUCCUCUGCGGUGGUCUCUGCCUACGUGGCGGUCUGUGCUCUGGGCAAAGCCUUUCUGCGAAAGCAGCCGGAGAUUCUGACCUUGCUUGGUCUGUUCCUCGGCCUGGAUCGAGCGGAUCUGUUCUUCUGCUUGGCAUCUGGUGAGCAGAUCAGCCUCACCUGGAACGGUGCCGUCAGUCUGCGCUGGACUCUGAAUGGCUGGCUGGUGAGGCGACGGGAUCUGUCUGUUGGAGAUCAUCUCUGGCUUUGCUGGAAGAACCCUCCACAAGGACAUGCUCUGACAGAGCGAGAUCUGGGGGAUCUAGGGUUCUCUGAGGAGGAAACCUCUGAUCCCAACGGCGAAUCUGCUGCCGAAGCCUCUGGCGAAGGUUCUGCUUUGCCUGCAUUGUCUGAGAAGAGCCUAGGAAGAAGCUUUCUGAUUGUCCAUGAAGAUGGCGGCGGUGGUGUGGCCGCUUCUUAUGCUGCUCUGGUGUCCAGCGAGGACGUGUCUGAGCAGCUUGUGGCAGCUUCUGAAGGUUCUGGAAAGCAGAAGAGACUGCUGCACUUCUGGAAGCCCGAACACCCUCUAGCACAGAAGCCUCCUCUGGAGAAGGAAGCUCAGCCCAAGGGCAGGCCACUGUCCGCUGCCAUGAAGCAAAUUCUGGCAGAAGUGGCUCGAGAGUCUGUUGUAGAACAGACUGGCGAAGAAGCUCGUCUGGAACUUCAGCGACGCUACGCGAACAAGAAGAACGCUGGUAGGCCAAAGAAGCUUCCUGGAGCUCCUUCGAAGAAGCGCUCUGCAGAGAUGCCUCUGGCAGUGCAAGUGUCUGGUUUUGCUUCUGACAACGACUUCACUGGAGCCAUGAGCCGGCAACUGGGUUUGGACAAGAAGUCUGUGAGGAAGCUCUGGGCCAGAAGAGACAAGGUUCUGAAGGAGCAGUCUGAGCGGAACUUUGCUCGGAACCCUGAGAAGAACCGCAGUGGCCAAAGGGCCGUCCGAAGGCUACUCACCGCAGGGCUGGCAGAGGAGUCUCGUGCCCACGGCCACUCUGUCAAGAAGCGGCAUCUGCUGUCGCAGUGGCAGUUUCUUCUGACAAGAGAACUUCUGAGGCUCAGAUCCACGAAGGAGGCCUGUGCAGACGCCUUCGAAAGGGCACGUCUGGACCAGAAGAUCUGCGAAGGCGAGAAGCAGCUGCAAAGUGCUGCGAAGGAUUCUGGCAAGAACCGUCUGAGGCAGCUUCUGCUGGACGUCGAUGCCAAGAAUCUGCAGCCGGAUCUGAAGACGAAGCUGUCUGAGUCUGAGGAACAGGUCUCCGCGAAGCUGACGUACCAGGCUCUGGACCGCACUCUCUGGACAGCCUGCUUCUCACCUCUGGAGGAGCUGGGCAACAGGGUUGCCAAGCCCUCUGAGUUCAGAGACCACGUCUCUGAUCUGGUCGUGAUCUGCUCCGACCAAAUCCCUUUGUGGAUAAAGUCUGGCAGCGAGCGGGAACUCUUUGCUGACUGGGAGCACAACCCUCUGCCCCAGCAGCAUCUGCGAGAGAGUCUGAAGAACCAUCAUCUGUCCAGUUCUGACCAGGUGACAGGCUCUGGCGAUCUGGUUCCACCUCUGCUGCAGGCUGUGAAGCCGUCUGCGGCAGCUGGUCGAGGCUCUGGUCAGAGGCAGAAGAAGGCCUUUCUGGACGUGGACGCUCUGAGGUACCGUGUGACCUACGAGGCGAAGCAGGCUCUGUACGGCCUCUGCAAAGACCCCUCUGCACUCACUGGCACCGUUCUGCCCGGUCUUCUGGUGGUGCACGGCUCUCACGCUCGUCUGAACAACAUCGACAGGUGUGGUCGAUUUCUGAGAGACGAGACGUUUGAGUUCUCUGGCAAGGUGGUCUGCCGCAAAGCUGGAGCCUCUGCAGGGAAUCUGCUGAAAGGCUGGCGGCAAGCUCGCGACAAGGAUCCCUCUCUGUUCCGGCAGAUCUCUCUGAUGAGCCAGCCCUCUGCGAACGUUGAUGGCAUCAUCUUCGCCUGGGCUCAGGAGGAGCUGGCAGCUCUGGCACCUGCCUCUGUCCACGUCCGCGACUGCUUCGCUGCGGCCUGGUCUGUGUCUGGGGCAGAGUCUCUGUUCUACUCGCAGAGUCUGCAGACGGUCAUUGGACCGAAGCUGACUGCAAGUCUGCAACUGACUGACACAGACUACGCCAGAUCUUUCAAGAGUCUGGCAAGGUCUGCCAUGGACGACCUGCAUGCCAGUCAGACUGCUCUGCUGGCAGCUGGCGAGAAGGAGUUCUGGAGAGCGAGCCAUCUGGACAUGGCUCAGACCAAGAUGUCUGAGCGACAAGCCGAGAAGGACUGGAUCGUCUCUGGCCUUCGCCGCAACGGUCUGCUUGCCUACAGACCCGACUUCUCCAAGCAGGCUCUGGUUCCUGUGACAGACGAAGACUGCUGCGGCGCCUCCAUGGGUUCUGCGAGGACGAAGCCAGCCUGGUUGCAGGACCGCUACUCCGGGAGGGAUUCAUCUGGCAUUCCAGUGAAGCCAGACUGGUCUGCUCUGCACGGCGCCAAGGUCGUCGCGGAUCUGGUGGAGUGGAGCUACCACCACUCUGAGUCGCAGGACGAGGCUCUGGAAAGCCAGGUCUCCGAGGCUCUGCUGAACGUGCACGAGAUGCCACUGGACCUGCAGCUCCCCUGCAUCGAGUCUGGCGUCCUCACGCUUUCUCUGGACCUGCAACGGGCAGCCUGGCACAAGCAGCUCUCUUCGGACUCUGAGCUUCUGCAGAAGAAAGCUGUCAAGCGAGACGUGAAGCAGAUGAUCGCACUGGCCAAGCGGAAGCUUCGAGGAAAGCUUCUGGAAGCCAUGAGGCAUCGUCUGACACAGAUGUCCCGACAGCAAGCUUUGCAACGUCUGGUGCCGAGAGCUUCUGACAAGAAAGCCUCUGUGACGAAGAAGGCCGCUUUGAAGCAGAAGAAAAAGACGGCCCUGGCCCACGCUGCCAAGGCUCUGGCGAAAGCCAAGGCUCUGGACGACAAGCCCUCCGGCGACUCUGCUUUGGUGCCUGGCCCUGCUCUUGCUGACCCCGUCUCUGAGAAGGCCUCUGAGCUGAAGGAGGCCACGAAGGGCCCUCUCUACGGCCGAGUCUGCAGGAUUCUGCGAGAGGACCACACCUGUGGCAAGUCUGGCAAGUGCACGCUGCACAACCUUUUGACGAACAAGUUGUCUCUGGUUGGUGUUGGAGAUGCCUGUGCCACCGUGAUCGUCUCUGACCAGGAGGUCUGCGAGGUUGAUCCACUCUGGAAGACUCCGAAGAAGUGGAAGAAUCUGGGCCUGAAGAGGGAUCUGAAGCAGAGUGUUCUGCGAGCUUGCGGUGGCUCAGCCCUCUUUUUGGAGGCUUCUGGUGGGUUCUUCGCUGCGGAGCCUCUGGAGUUGCUCAAGUUCAAGAAGUCUUACCCGCAGAUGCUUCUGGACCAGCAUCUUCGGUACGGCUGGGAACUUCUGCGGUACAAUCUGAGCGACUCCGACGAGAACUGGUUCCUGGACAACAAGAUCUGCAUGGUGGACCCGAAGCUCUCUGGGCAGCUCCUCGCCGAAGACCACGACCGCCCCGAGCUUCUGCAGACUGCUCUGGACAAACUUCGUUCUGAGAACAAGCUGCUGUUCGUGCCUGUCUGGGGGCACUCUCCGAACCACUGGACCCUUCUGGUCCUGCAGCGAGAAGACCUCUCGGAGAACUUCUCUGUGAAGUACCUGGACAGCCUCUCUGAGAAGCACGAGGAGUGCUCUGUGAACGCUGCCAGGCUUCUGUCUCUGCUGCUGCCUGGAGAGACUCUGCCGGAGCGAAGCUCUUCUGGCACCCAGAAGUCUGACGAAUGCGGGUUCUGGGUUCUGGCCAACAUGCUCUGGAUCCUGUCCCCUCUCUGUCUGGAAGGACCCUGUGCUCGUGGCUCUCGCCACAAGCUGGUUCUGGAGCUCAUGUCUGAGCUGAAGGCCUGGCUAAUCCAGCUGUCUGGAGAGCAGGCCAAGCUCUCCAAAGAGCUUCUGGACAAGGAGAAGUCUCUGGACAAGGUUCUGAAGAGCAACCGCCUCCGCUCUGAAAAACUGGCAGCAAAGUCUGCAGAGGCCUCUGCCACAGGCCUGAAGCUCAGGAAUCUGGCCAAGCAGCUCCUCACUCUGAACAAGGAGCCUGACGCCUGUGAUCUGUCUGAAGAGGACAAAUCUCGCAUCGAGCAUGUCCGUCUGACAGGCCUGGGCGUCUGUUCCAGAUGCCACUGGCAAAGUGGAUGUUUGGACUGUGAUCCUGCGAAGCUGGAGCGGUAUUUGCUGAACAAACUGCGUCUGGAGCUGGGUCUGCCACCAAAGGCAGCCUGA